GUACUACACUUACCGGCAAAACUCUUUCUAGAACCCUGUGCUUUCCUGUCCUUUGCUCCCCGCAGUGCAGUAGAUACCUAAAGCUCGCAUCUUUAAAACCCUAGCAUAAACCCACCUUCAAAAUUACUAAACCCUAAUUUUCUCUACUCUAAAUCUCUAAUCCUUUUUUUUUUUUUUCAAUUACGGUUUCCAUUUAUUUUGAUUUUUGAUUUUUCUCUGUCGGGAGCUUGUUGGGGAUUGCGCCAAUGGAGGGUCUUUGCUCGGACGUCGUCGCGCUGGAGAGUUUCGUGAGCUCUGCGGUUCAAGUUGCGGUGGCGCAGACGGCCAUUGUUGCUGCAAAUUCCGUUGCUUGGUCGCUGUUCAUGAUGGGAAGUCUGCCUAAUGGAAUUGAUGUCUUCCCGAAAGAACCCGAUACAUUUACAGGGUUCCCACUUGCCCAGCUUCAUGCUCUGAGAAAACCGGAUUCAGAGAACAAAGAUGCCGGUGAAACUGAUGAUGACGAAGAAGAGGAAGAUGAGGCUGCAGAUGAUCAGGAUGAGGAUGGAGGUGAGGAAGAAGAUGGAUCUGGUGAAGACGGCGAAGAUGAUCCUGAGGAUGAGCCAGAGGCAAACGGUGACGGUGGCAGUGGAGAUGAUGAUGAUGAUGAAGAAGAUGACGACGAGGAUGACGAUGAUGCUGAAGAAGAGGAGGAAGAAGACGAGGAAGAAGAUGAGCAGGAUGAGCUUCCUCAACCACCAACUAAGAAGAGGAAAUAAACCAGAUUAUCCUUUCUUUAUCCCGCUAGAGCUAGGGCAGUAUGGUGUAGUUGGAGAGGCUAGAAUGGGUAUGAUUCAUGGUAUUUGUUCUGUCCACAUUAGUGUCAAAUCAGUAGAUUAACAUCGCAAUACUUUGUGGAUUAUGACCUGCUUGAUGUUGUCUAUUCUCACAGUUGUAGGAUGCUUUUAUGUUCCUUCCCUUGUGACUCUAUUUUACUUGCUGCUAUCUUCCUAUAUUCACAUUGAAUCAUUGAUUAAAUGUUGAUGCAUAAG